AUGGAUUAAAAGGAGGCAGAGGAGCUUUGCAGGAAGAAACGAGGUCCUUCCUGUUCACCUGCCACGUCAUCGUGUGACAGGGAUAAAAGCAAGAAGACAUAAAACGGAAGUGCUUUCAGGUUGAGAUCGUUCCUCGCGGCUUUAGAGACGUUAGGUUGUAUCUGAUAAUGGAUUAUCACAGCAACUCCAUGGAGUACAAUGAUGAUCAUUUCCAAAGAUCCUAUGAGUUUGACCAUAGAAAGGCUGAAUUGGUCACAAAAUGGUUGAUGUGGGCAAUCGGUAUCAUCAGCCUCCCGUUGAACGGAGCGGUCAUCUUCGCUACGUUUUCUCAGGUGCAGAGGGACGUGACUCGGAUCUAUGUCAUGAACCUUCUGGUCUCUGACCUCCUGCAGCUCUGCUUUAUGAUGGCUUUAUUACCAAACGAUGAGACUUUCAUCUUGUUCUAUGCCUACCAUUUCAGUCUGAUGGCCAGCGUUGGCUUCAGGACGUGCCUCGCUUUGGAAAGGUGUUCAGUGAUCUUGUGCCCACGAGUCUCCUGCUUCAGACAGUCUAUUGUCUGUGGAGUAGUUUGCCUCUUUCUGUGGUUGGUUCCUCUUUGCGUUUUCAUCUUUGCUAUGUUUGUACCAGUAUCAAUUGUCCAUGUCAUCUACCUCCUCCUUCCAUGUCCCUUCCUCAUCUCCACUCUUGUUAUAUCCCUUAUAUCUCUGUGUGUAAACAGCAGCGUUAAUCUCAGUCUAAAGCACAGAGUCGUGGGCAGUGUGGUUCUGCUGGUGCUUGUUCACAUGUUGCUUAUUAUUCCCUCUCUGAUUGUAUGGCUGUCGGGAGGUACAGGAAGCUAUAUACUGGAUCAUGUGCCAUAUGUUAUUCUCAAGCUGGUUCCACUUGCAGACACGUUUCUGUAUUUCUUCCUGACCAAAAGAGACACAGACAAUAACUUAGGUAACAGUGUGAACAGGCCAGUGAUGAACGACGAGAGCAGCCACAUCAACAGCUCUGUGUAGUCAAAGAAGAAACCAGAGUUUCAGUAAGAGCAGGUGAAGUAAUACAUGUUAUACUGCAGUGAACGUUACUAUAAUAAACAUUCUCCAGUUAAUAAUCAUUGGGUACAUUUUUGUUGGCAUGUUUUUAUAUAACACAUUGUAUGUAUGUGAUCAUUUAUUUCCUGGAAAUUCAAUAAAAAAUCUUCAUUUGUA